UAAACAAGGAAUACUUGAGAACCCCCGAUUUUGUGACGUCGCACGUCACACCUGUUUCACGAUCACGAGUGAUUUCUUUUGUUGGACUGGACGACUGGACAGAUCGCAGUUAACAACGAUCUUCCACGUGUGUUUGAUGUUUUCUUGCUCAUAUGUAUUUCAUGUACCACUGACCAGAGUGAUAUAUAUAAUCAAAGUUCAAAAUUGAGUGGUUUUUCUUUUUUCCCCCUUACAUUACCUAUAUUUAUAUUAUUUUUUUCUCAAUCGAUUGGUUGCAACAAAGCGUUCAAAAUGAAUGGUGGUAUGAGAUCCUGCCUUAAGCUGUGCUCCGACUCGAUUUUAUCAAAAUUGAAACAAAAUAUCCAGCCUGAAAUGGCGAAACAACGACUGUACAGCACCUUUUGGAGAACUAUUAGCCCGAAACAAAUGGAAGUCAACAAUUUCAAAUCUAUUCUUGACCGCAGUUUCUCCUCGUCCGCGACACAAUUUUCUUCUGAAAAUAUUCCCUCGCCAGUUGAAAAGAAAUUAUUAGAGCAUGUAGAACAAAAAAUCGUCCAACCCACCCAAGGAAAGGAAAAAUCAGACUCUGAAGUUUGCGGUUUCAAAAAAUCACUAUACAAGAGUGAUCUUUAUUUUAGCAAAAAUCUUCCCAAUGAAACAAUUUUGGUCAAGUUUAACACCAAUUAUUAUGAAAAGGUUGAAGAUUACAAGGAACCCAUUGACAAUGAAACUGACAGCGAACCUUUCAGAUAUAAAAUAAACCCGAACUUCAGAGUUGAAAUCAAAAGGAAGAAUAAUAGUACGCUAGGUUUUGAAUGCAUUCUUACUCAAAAUUGUAGUAAUGAAAAUCAUAUUCAAGAUGAUCACUCCGGUUCUGGAAAACAUGAUACGAGUACUGAUGAUGAUUACAUGACCUAUCGCUACUAUACGAAUGCUUACAGUCAGAAGAAGAUCGCAAGAAGAUCCAAACAUGAUGGAAAGUUACAACCCAACGUGCUUCAAUGUCAGGCUCAGGAUACGAGUAUGUUCAUUAUUCGAAAUUACGCAUUUAACGAAGGACACCUGAACGAAAACAAUUAUCAGUGCUGUGGUGUUGGCAACGUGAGAGAUGCAGCUUUGUAUAACAUAAUGAAGAAUUUAUUAAGAGAGAAAGGCAUCAGCGACGAAUUUCUGUCUAAAGUUAUAUUCCAUGGAAAAAUUCAUGAAGCCGAUAAUCAUAGUUUGUUUAUGAAAAACCUCAAGAAGUUCGUGAACGAUGAAACAGUGCAGUCGUGGGAAAAAAUUCAUCGUUUUGUGGACAAAAUUAAUCUUCCUGUUAUAAUGGCAUGUAUUUUGGUAUCAUUGGGUUCCAUACUUGUUAUAGUAAGCCGUUAGCAGUUUCCUUCUUGUACUCGUUGUAUAGGUAGAAAUUGCUUUCAGAGAAACACUGUCAGCUGACACUGUUCUGGCUGAAACUUUUGACAACAAAAAUGACUUUAAACUACUUAAUUAAAAUAUUUGAUUUCACUCGCUUUCGUCUUGUUCAACAAACAUUGUUUACUAUGUAUACUCGUCCGGAAAACUCUAGUUUUUCCCCUGAUUGGAUAAUAUAGGUACCUAGUAUUGUUUUUUAUUAAUUAUUAAUAAAAUAUUAUUUACUUAU